UCACAAUAUUUUAAAAUACAUGGAUAGGACAGGUUUGGAGGGAUAUGGGCCAAACGCAGGCAGAUGGGACUAGUAUAGAUGUGGGCAGGUGGGUUGGCAUGGGCAAGUUGGGCCGAAGGGCCUGUUUUCAUGCUGUAAGACUCUAUGCUGCUUUCCCUUGUCGUGUCUUGAACUUCGACUGUGUUUGUUGUGUUUUCAGCUCGAGACUUGGUUGUUGCCUGGACUGCAGAGUUACCAAACUCCUGCCGUUGUUCCCAAGUGGAGUAUCUUCCGGCAAGAUGGUGAUGGCGGGAUUGGAUGGGUAACCUAUGUGGGACCUGGCACGAGUCAUCUGUUCCCCUCCGAGUUAAAUGGAUCCUGUGAAUGCCUAUCCUGUCACCAGAGAUAAGAGUUGCCUCCACCGCUCAGCCUGAAGUUGUGUUUCCAUUCUCCUGUGUGCAAGACUGCAUGCCUGUCGUGGAUCAUAUACAAUGUCCAGCUCAAAUGGCUUGCCCUGGCUGGCGUUUGUGCUGGGCCCGUCCUUGAAGGUGAAGAGCCUGCUGUGGAUCACCAGCGUGGUGCUGCGUCUGGGACUCCUCGCCUGCCAGGACAACUUCCCCGUGGUCACCACCAAUUACGGCAAGCUGAGGGGGGUCAGGAACCCGCUCCCCAACGAGAUCCUGGGCCCCGUCGACCAGUACCUGGGCAUUCCCUACGCCUCGGCCCCCACCGGCGAGAGGCGCUUCCAACACCCGGAGUCUCCCUCCUCCUGGACCGGAGUGCGGAAUGCCACCCACUUUGCCGCCGUCUGCCCCCAAAACAUCCACGGCAUCUUGCCCGACGUCAUGCUGCCCGUAUGGUUCACCGCCAACCUGGACAUCGUGGCCUCCUACAUCCAAGACCAGAGCGAGGACUGCCUCUACCUGAAUGUCUACGUGCCCACCGAGAACGGCGUCAUCGCAAAGAAAGCGGCAGAUGAUAUAGCCAGUAAUGGCGAUGGUGAAGACGAAGACAUUCACGACAACGGCCCCAAGCCGGUGAUGGUUUACAUUCACGGCGGCUCGUACAUGGAGAGUACGGGCAACCUGAUCGACGGCAGCAUUCUGGCAAGCUACGGCAACGUUAUCGUGGUCACACUCAACUACCGGCUCGGCGUGUUAGGCUUUCUCAGCACCGGGGACCAGGCUGCCAAAGGGAACUACGGCUUACUCGACCAAAUCCAGGCACUGAGAUGGAUUAGUGAAAAUAUCGGAGCGUUUGGCGGAGAUUCAAUGCGCAUUACUGUCUUUGGCUCAGGUGCUGGGGCCUCCUGUGUAAGCCUGCUCACCCUCUCUCACUAUUCAGAAGGUCUCUUCCAGAAGGCCAUCAUCCAGAGCGGAACGGCGUUGUCCAGCUGGGCGGUGAACUACCAGCCGGCCAAGUACACCCGGUUGUUGGCGGAGAAGGUUGGCUGCAGCAUGUUGGACACCAUCGACCUGGUGGAGUGCCUGAGGAUGAAGACGUACAAGGAGCUGAUUGAGCAGGACAUCAUGCCCGCCCGCUACCACAUCGCCUUCGGGCCGGUCAUCGACGGCGAUGUCAUCCCGGACGACCCGCAGAUCCUGAUGGAGCAGGGCGAGUUCCUCAACUACGACAUCAUGCUGGGGGUCAACCAGGGCGAGGGGCUGAAGUUCGUGGAGAACAUGGUGGACAACGAGGACGGUAUCUCCGCCAGCGACUUCGACUUUGCCGUCUCCAACUUUGUGGACAACCUCUACGGCUACCCGGAGGGGAAGGACACGCUGCGGGAGACCAUCAAGUUCAUGUACACCGACUGGGCGGACAAGGAGAACCCGGAGACCCGGCGCAAGACGCUGGUGGCCCUCUUCACCGACCACCAGUGGGUGGCGCCGGCGGUGGCCACGGCCGACCUCCACGCCCAGUACGGCUCGCCCACCUACUUCUACGCCUUCUACCACCACUGCCAGAGCGACAUGAAGCCCGGCUGGUCCGACGCCGCCCACGGAGACGAGGUCCCCUACGUCUUUGGCGUACCCAUGAUCGGCCCCACCGAGCUCUUCCCCUGCAACUUCUCCAAGAACGACGUGAUGCUCAGCGCGGUGGUCAUGACCUACUGGACCAACUUCGCCAAGACCGGGGAUCCCAACCAACCUGUGCCGCAAGACACAAAGUUCAUCCACACCAAGCCCAACCGGUUUGAGGAGGUAGCCUGGUCAAAGUACAACCCCAAGGACCAGCUGUACCUGCACAUUGGCCUGAAGCCCAGGGUGCGCGAACAUUACCGAGCUACCAAGGUGGCCUUCUGGUUGGAACUGGUGCCCCACCUGCACAACCUGAACGAGAUCUUCCAGUACGUGUCCACCACCACCAAGGUGCCCCAGACGGACUCCACGCCCUUCCCGUACAUGACCAAGCACGUGUCGGGCAAGCUGUGGUCGUCCACCACCAAGCGCCCGCCGGCCACGCCGUCCCACGACCCCAAGCAGACCAAAGAGACGCACAAGUCGGGCGGCGGCGAGGAGACGACCGUGCUGAUCGAGGACAAGCGCGACUACUCGACCGAGCUGAGCGUGACCAUCGCGGUGGGCGCCUCGCUGCUCUUCCUCAACAUCCUGGCCUUCGCCGCCCUCUACUACAAGAAGGACAAGCGGCGGCACGAGACCCACCGGCGGCAGAGCCCCCCGCGGGGGGGAGGGGGGAUGGGGAUGGGGAUGGGGGGCACGGCCAAUGACCUGGCCCACCUGCAGAGCGAGGAGAUCAUGUCGCUGCAGAUGAAGCAGCAGCAGCUGCAACAGCAGGCGGUGGACCACGGGGGGCAUGACUGCGAGCCCAUGCAGACGCACGACACCAUGAGGCUGACCUGCCCGCCCGACUACACCCUGACCCUGCGCCGGUCACCAGACGACAUCCCCCUCAUGACCCCCAACACCAUCACCAUGAUCCCAAACACCCUGGCCUCCAUGCAGCCCCUGCACACCUUCAACACCUUCACCGGGGGCCAGAACAGUACAAACCUGCCCCACGCACACUCCACCACUAGGGUAUAGCCCAUCGGGCCAGAGGCAUCCCCCUCCCUCCCCUUCCCACAC